UACAAACACCAUCCAGCAAAACACGAGGAGCUGAAGCAUCGGCGGAGGAAGAUCACUCCUCGAGGCAGCUGGGAGUUUGCAGUGUCACCGGCGGCUGCCGGGGGGGAAACCACGGGAGAGCGUUCGCUCCCAGAUGCCAAAUCUCGGCGGUGCCGUUCCUUCCUUGCCUCGGGGGAACGCUCCAGCCGAGCCGCGGGGGUCCGCGGGCCCCGGAGCGCCCAGAGCCGCGCAGAGCCGAGCCCGGAGCCACGACCCCCGCCUGCCAGCAGGAGGAGGAGGCAGCGGGCCGGGUUGGGCUGGGCUGUGCCGACCGCUCCUGUCCCGGCCCCGGGGCAGCGCCCGCCGGGGCUCCGCUGGCGCAGCGAUCCGAAACCCGAGAGCAGAACCGAGAGCUUCGGCUCAGCCCGGCGGGCCGGCGCUCCUUUGAAGCCGCGAAGCUUCGUCGCCGGGAGCGGCACGGCACGGCGGCGCUCCGAACGCGCGGCUUUGCUUCCCGUGCGGGAGGAUCUCGUCCGCUCCCCGCGCCGUGACAGCCGCCCCGCAGCGGUGCCCGCACGAUGGGCGCCCCGCGCCGCUGUUGGCUGCGGCCGCUGCUCGCCGCCUGCCUGGCCGCCCGCCUGGCCGCGCUGCCCGCCGCCUGCCCCCGCCUCUGCGCCUGCUACGGCCCCGCAGAGGUGCACUGCACCUUCCGCUACUUCACCGCCGUCCCUCCGCGCAUCGCUCCGGACGUGGAGCGCAUCAACCUGGGGUACAACAGCUUGCUCACACUGACUGACACGGACUUUGCCGGCCUGGAGAAACUGGAGUUACUGAUGCUGCACAGCAAUGAGAUAAACGCAAUCCCUGAGAAGGUGUUCAGGGAUUUACGUUCACUACAGGUCUUAAAGAUGAGCUACAACAAGGUCAGUGUUCUUCAGCAAGAUGCUUUCUACGGUCUGAAGAGCUUGGUCCGGUUGCACAUGGACCACAAUGAAAUUAAAUUUGUAAAUCCCAACGUUUUCUAUGGCCUCACAUCACUGAGGUUGGUCCACUUGGAAGGAAAUCUCCUGAAGCAGCUCCAUCCAGACACUUUUGUCACCUUGAGCUACCUCCAAAUAUUUAAAGUAUCCUCCAUAAAGCACGUACACCUGUCUGAUAACACGCUGACCUCGCUACCACGAGAAAUGUUUUCCUACAUGUCUGAGCUGGAGAGCAUUUACCUCCAUGGGAACCCAUGGGCCUGCGACUGCGAUCUACAGUGGUUUGCAGAAUGGGCAGAACAGAGGCCAGAUGUCAUAAAGUGCAAAAAAGACCGAAGUUCUGGUGCUCAGCAAUGCCCAGUGUGUGCCAGCCCCAGGAACUGCAAAGGGAAGAACUUUGUGGGUAUUCCUCCUGCAGCUCUGACCUGCACUAAGCCAGUCAUACAUCACACCCUGAAACUCAAAAACCUCACAGUGCCAGAGGAUGGGGAUUUCAGCUCUGUAUCUCCCAAGGACUUCCUAGCUCCCAUAGGAUCUGUGGUUCUGAACAUGACUGACCAAGGAGGAAAUCGAGGUAACUUGGUUUGCAACGUUCAGAAACCAAAAGAAAUGUCUCCCAUCUCAUUUGACAAAGAGGACAACGUCACAGUCCUCAGAACAUCAUUCUCAUCAUUUCUCGUGUGCGACAUCGCCUACGGACACAUUCAGCAGCUGUGGAGCAUACUGGCCCUGUACAGUAAUUCUCCCCUCAAACUCGACAGGAGUGCCGUCACAGCUGAAACACCUUUCAUCAUUUACCAAUAUAAGCAAAACUACUCUGAAAAAGAUGAACUUUUUACCAAGGUGGAGGCUGAACUCAGAGCUGAACCAUCGUGGUUAAUGCAAAACAAAGUGGCACUGCAGCUUGACAGGACAGCAACCACUCUUAGCACGCUGCACAUCCAGUACUUCACUGAUGCUGAGAUAGUUUUGCCCACCGUUGACCAAAAGAAAGUGGGAAAUAACUGGACAGUGAUCUCCAGGGACAACAAAACACAAACAGAGCACACUGUUCCAGUCGGGGGAACCGUACAACUGGACUGCCAAGCAAUCGGGCAGCCAGCUCCUGCAAUAGAGUGGAUAUUGGCUGAUGGGAGCAAAGUCAGAGCCCCUUAUGUCAGUGAGGACGGCAGAAUUGUAGUAGCAAAAUCCGGGACAUUCACGUUACGAACAGCUGAUGCGUUUGACUCUGGGCUCUAUCACUGCAUAGGCACAAAUGGUCACGAUGCAGAUGUCCUCACGUUUAGAAUCACUGUGGUUGAUCCUUACGUGGAACACAGCAGUGUAAAUGGGGCCCAAUUUUCCACAGCGGUUGGCAGCAUUCUGGACCUUCCCUGUACCUCUGCUGCUGUUCCAGAUGCUGCCAUUAGUUGGGUGUUACCUGAGAGAGUGGUUCUUCACCACUCCGUAAGAAACAAACAGAUUUUUGGCAACGGUACCUUAAGAAUACAGGGGGUAACAGAGCGAGACAGCGGCUACUUUAGAUGUGUUGCAGCCAACCAGUACGGUGUUGAUGUUUUGAUUUUCCAAGUGCUGGUUGGAGAGGACAAAAGCACCCCACAGAAAGCACCCGUGGCUGCGGGAGAGUGGGCAGAGAGCGAUGGCUCUGGCGAUGCAGCGCUGCCCUCAGGUAGAGGAAGGCAGAAUUCCUCAGCUGCCCUGCUGAGCUGGACGGGUCAGGAGCCCAGUGCCCCAGCACACAGACAGCAGGGCACACACAGCACCCGCACUGGCAGCGGCCACAGGAGGAUGACGAGCCGUCAGCACAGGGACAAAGCUGGCAGGAGGCUCAGGGGGCAUCGAAGGCGCUUUGGCUCCUCAGCCAAGAGAGCCAACCCCCAGCGCUGGGCGGCCUUUCUGGAAAAAGCAAAGAGGAACCCACCCAGGACAGAAAAACAAGAAGUGGAGACAACCCUGCCUGUUCAGGUCCGUGAGUUCUCAACGGUGCCUGCGGAUGAGGAGGAAAUGUCUGGUGCUGCCAUCUCUCCAGAACAAGAGUUCAUGAUAGUGGUAACAGAGGGGGCCACCAUGUCUUCCCUGGGGAGCACAGCUGGAAGCACAGCCCCUGCAGGGGCCGGGACCCCCCCACCCGCUCCCUUCCCACAGCCCAGCCCAUCCGUCAGCCCCACACCAGCAGAUCUAAACCCUACGACCACGACCUCAGACUCAUGGGAAAGACCCAAUUUAAGCCAAACAUCAGCAAGCAGUGGGAAGCAAUCGAUGGCAACAGAGGGAGCGAGCAGAACAUCUGCGCUCAUCAGUGCUCAGCAAAGAUCAGCAUCUCCUGGAGAACAUAACAGUCUGCAUUUAAAGGCUGCAUCUGCGACAACCACGGGGAAUGUUACAGACAGCAGCACACCUGCAACUUCCCAAAAUGCAGUGGGUGAAAUGCAUGGUUUUACAGAGUUUACUGAUAAGAUUUCCACCAAAACAGGUGGUCAGGCAUCUGCAGCAACAAUCAGCAAGCCAAACUCUGAGUUUGGUCACAUUCACUUCCACAGUGCUCAGAAACCUGUAACUCCUGCACUACCACUGGGCCCAAACAUCGUUACUCAUCAGCACGCUCAAAUCAUUCAGGAUGUGGCAACCCACACACCUCAGGCCCGGCAACAACAUGGGAGAAGGAGGAAAGUUUCUGCUAGGAGAAAAAUGGUCAGGCCAGGACAUCUUCUGAGUAUGAGAGAGCACAGGCGCAGUUCAGGGAAGCAAGGCUCUGCUGGAGGGAGAACAGCUAUUGCUCCAGCUGUCCUGCUGAGUUCAACACUCAGCCCUAACGUGCCCACCUUCAACAACUCACACAGCAGCAUCAACCCGCUCAGCCCAGAAGCGCCUCUGUCCUCCCCCUCUACUACAGAUAUGUCCUCAGAGCACUCAGAAGGCACAGCUCGGAGCGCAGCAUUCCUCAUGGAAGAGGACAGUGCACCCACUGCAAGGCAAGGAGCCGCUUCCACCGCACUGCCUGUAGUUACUCAAAGUACCAGAGAUGCUGCCCAGAAGGAAGCAGAGAGCAGAGCUCCAUGUCACAGCAGCACUUACAAAGCACAGCCUGUUAGCAGCAGGCUGCCAACGUCUGCAACCUGCACAACUCACACUGCAGAAAUCACACACAUGAUGAGCACAAGGACUGCUUCUGCUCCCCCAACGGUCUUCUCCAGAUCCUCAUCCAAAAACUCCCAGGGAGGAAAAAUUAUAAGAGCACUUCUCUUUGGAAAUGGCACACAAAAGGAAGUGCAGAGGACAGGUGCACUUCCACCAACAGAGGUAUCAGUCUUGCUUCCUGAAACUACAGCAGUGGCAUCGAGACCCCACGUCUCUCCUUUGCCCUUCACACCCAUCUCAGCGGGUGUCGAUCCCAUCCCAUCUUUAGGCAAACCCGCUGACAGCAGCAGUACGUCAGAGAAGCCCCCUGACUGCAGCCCUGCAAUGAGCACAGCUGGAGGAACGGGCAGAGAGAGUCCAAAGGCAACAACUACAGCUUCUACGGCUCCUCAAAAAGCAUUCAGAACAGGAAGAAGGAGAGGCCAGAGGAGGAGGCGGCCCCCUAAAACAGCUCCUUCUCAAAGCCCAACCACGGGCGCCCGCACUACAGCAGACUCAGCCACCCCAGCUGCAGCCAGCCCGCCUGCUGCGUCCAACAGGCACGCGCCUGCAGCAGCGGGGUCUGACAGCCCACCUGCAGGCUGGGUCCCAGCUCUAUGGGCUCUGCCCCCACCAGGCACAGCACAGCACGGGCCCACGACAGCCCCGCAGACAGCAGCGGCCCCCAGCAUGGUGGUGAGCACCCCUCCUGCGUCACUGCUGCCCCACAGCCUUCAGCCACAAACCCCCACUGCAACAGCCCCAACCCCCCCGCUGCCCUCAGAGCCUCUGGGAGCCAAGCGAGUGCAUCCUGCUGCAGUCAGUGCCGCAGCGCGCUCAGAAUCUGCUCAGCACCUCAAAGCUUCCACCCCAGCGGCUGAGCGGCCGCACCUGUGGACAGACAAGGAGGCCACUCAAGGCAGCCCCGUGGCACGGCCCCUGGACCCGGGCAGCACCGAGCUGAGCAGCAGAGCUCUGGGCACCACGGCUCCAAGAGAGCAGCGUCCCACCUCAGCACCGUCCAUGGGGGGAAUCGGUGCUGGGCUGCCAUCUGCAGAAAGGGGAGGCAAAACCUCAACAGUUAACAUGCCGACUGUGUCAACACCAUGGCAGGUGGCUGCUCCACAUGCGUACCUGUGGGGCAGCUCUGCCGAUGGCUGGUCUGACCAGAGACAGCAUCACAAAUCCACCACCAGCAUCCCUCUGUCCUUGUUCUCUUUAAGCAGAAACUAUUUCACAAAGCCCAGAAUAAUUGGAGGAAAAUUAGCUGCCUUCACCGUGCUGGCCAACUCAGAUGCUUUCAUUCCGUGUGAAGCUACGGGCAACCCCCAGCCAACAGUAGAAUGGACCAAGAUCUCCCCAGAGACUGAUGCCCCAGCGAGUGGCAGCAGGUGGUCGGUGCUGCCCAACGGCACGCUUGCCAUCGCGCGGGCAGCCCUGCAGGACGGCGGGCAGUACUGCUGCACCGCCACCAACGCUCUGGGCACAGCACGGCUCCUGGCCACGCUGGCGGUGGUGGCCUACCCGCCCCGCAUCGCUGGUGGCACGCGGCUCCUCACUGCCCACGCCGGGACGCCCGUGGCCAUGAGGUGCCUGGCUGAGGGCAGACCUCCUCCCUCCAUCUCGUGGGUUCUGGCCAAUGAAACGCACGUUUCCAGCUCUUCCCAGGGAAAUCAGAAAGUUCUCGUGCAGCCGGAUGGCACCUUAAUGAUCAAGGACGUCACGGUUUACGACAGGGGCCUCUACACAUGCACGGCCACAAACCCAGCAGGCACCGACACGCUGAAUGUGAAGCUGCAGGUCAUCGCAGCACCUCCCGUCAUCGUGGAGGAGAAGAGACAGCAGAUCACAGCUACGGCGGGGCGAGACCUGAGCCUUCCUUGCACCGCAGAAGGGAAUCCUCAGCCCCGCGUCCACUGGGUCCUCCCCGAAGGGAUGGUGGUGAAGCCCCUGCAGUUUGUGAAUGCCGGGGUGCUGCUGCUUCCCAACGGCACCCUGCGGCUCAGCGGCAUCGCGCCCACCGACAGCGGGAACUACGAGUGCAUCGCCACGAGCUCCACGGGCUCGGAGCGCCGGGUGGUGACCCUCACUGUGCGGCACCGGGACACACUGCCAAGGAUAGCUGCCGCCUCCCAGGGCAUGACCCAGCUCAGUUUUGGGGACAAACUGCUGCUGAACUGCACGGCCACAGGGGAGCCCCGGCCCAGGAUAAUCUGGAGGCUGCCAUCCAAGGCGGUCGUAGACCAGUGGCACAGAAUGGGAAGUCGAAUCCAUGUGUAUCCCAAUGGAUCCCUGGUUAUCGAGGCAGUUACUGAAAAGGAUGCGGGGGACUAUUUGUGUGUCGCAAGAAACAAAAUCGGAGAUGAUCUGAUACUGAUGAAAGUCAGCAUCACAAUGAAACCAGCCAAGAUUGACCAGAAACAGUAUUUCAAGAAACUGGUGCCCUACGGAAAAGAUUUCCAGGUGGACUGCAAGGCCUCCGGGUCCCCUGCACCAGAAAUAUCCUGGAGUUUGCCGGAUGGGACAGUGAUCAACAACGCGAUGCUGGCAGACGACAGCGGACACAGGUCUGGCAGAUACGUCCUCUUUGACAACGGAACGCUGUAUCUCAACAGAGCUGGAGCAACAGAGGAGGGAGAUUACACCUGCUACGCUCAGAACACUCUGGGGAGAGAUGAAAUGAAAAUACACAUCACAGUCGUCACGGCAGCCCCUCGCAUAAAGCAGAGUCACAAGACGUACAUUAAAGUGAAAGCCGGGGAUACGGCGCUGUUGGACUGUGAAGCUGCUGGGGAACCUAAGCCAAAAAUAUUCUGGUUGCUGCCUUCCAGUGACGUGAUCUCCUCUUCCACAGACAGGCACCUGCUGCACACUAAUGGCUCCCUGUCAGUCCGCCGAGCCAAGCUGCUGGAUGCUGGGGAGUACAUGUGUGUUGCUCGUAACGCCGGAGGGGAUGAUACAAAAUUGUAUAAACUGGAUGUUGUUGCGAAACCACCUAUCAUAAAUGGCUUAUACACAAACAAAACGAUCAUUAAAGUGACUGCAGUGAGGCACUCGAAGAAACAAAUCGACUGCAGGGCAGAAGGGACGCCUCCCCCCCAGAUCAUGUGGAUCAUGCCCGAUAACAUUUUCCUGACAGCUCCGUACUACGGCAGCAGGAUUGUCGUGCACAAAAACGGAACACUCGAAAUCCGGAACCUAAGGCCUUCUGACACAGCAGAUUUCAUCUGCGUGGCACGGAACGACUGGGGAGAGAGCAUGCUGGUGGUGCGGCUGGAGGUACUGGAAAUGCUAAGGCGACCCAUGUUUAAAAAUCCAUUCAAUGAAAAAAUAAUAGCAAAACCUGGGAAAACAAUCACACUGAACUGCUCUGUGGAUGGAAACCCUCCACCUGAAGUAAGCUGGAUGCUGCCCAAUGGCACGUGGUUCUCCAAGGGGACCAGGAUGUCUGAGUUCCUCCCAGGAAGCCAUGGAACCCUUACCAUCCACAACCCCAGCAGGGACAAAGCUGGGAAGUAUCGCUGUGCAGCUAAAAACCAAGUUGGCUACAUUGAAAAGCUGAUCGUCCUGGAAGUUGCUCAGAAGCCCACCAUCCUCGUUUACCCCCAGGGGCCAAUGAGGGGCAUCAGCGGGGAAUCGUUGUCGCUUCACUGCCUGUCCGACGGCAGCCCCAAACCCAGCACGGCGUGGACUCUUCCAGGUGGCCACGUGCUGGACCGACCUCAGAUCAACAGCAGACACAUCCUGCUGGAAAAUGGCACGCUGGUGAUACGAGCAGCUACCAUUCACGACAGAGGGAAUUACGUGUGCAAGGCCCACAACCCCGCCGGAGAUCUGUCUGUAACCGUGCCUGUCACCAUUGUAGCCUAUCCUCCGAGGAUUACAAACAGACCCCCGCAGACCAUAAGUACGAUGCCUGGUGCGGCAGUUCAGCUCAGCUGCACAGCGCUGGGAAUACCAAAGCCAGAGAUCACAUGGGAAUUACCUGACCGCUCCGUUCUCUCUACAGGUAACCGCGGCCGAGCACCUGGCAGUGAACUGCUGCAUCCCCAGGGGACGCUGAUCAUCCAGAACCCCCGGCCGUCAGACUCUGGAACGUACAAGUGCACAGCAAAGAACCAUCUUGGCAGUGAUUUCACAGUCACAUACAUUCAUGUCAUUUGAAAUAAGAAAUACGGAAUGAGUGAUUGGUAGCAAGUAUACAGCUGGACUGAGUUCAUUCUUGGAAUAAGUUUAAUCAAAGGCAGCCGAAGGCACAUAAGUGCCUAAAUACAUUAACAGGAUUCACUCUGCAAUGAGCACACCAAAAAGAAAAAGGAAACUAGAUCUAGCAUUGCCAUCCAGCAUUGAUUCAGUGAUCGAAGGGACCUAAAUAAAACUGAACUUGAGGCACUUUUGCCCUGCCAGCAAACUUGGAAUAUUGAACGAUAUUACUUUCUAGAAAUGUACCUAGAGAACUUCCGUACAGGACUGAUGUUUUUAAACUAGAUUAAUAAUGUUCACAUUGUGUGGCAUGGAUCAGAAAGGAAGAAUGUCCAAGGACCAAAGAACAGAUUUUACUGUGCUGCAGAUUACCUUCUUAACAUGUUAGAUUAUUUGGUACAUUUUUAUAAAAUAAACACUCCCUGGUGAAACAAGCAGUGAAGACUGAUUCACGGUCUUUUGUGCAGAACGUUGGGAGGAUGCAUUCAGAAGAAUUUGGGCUUUAGUCCAGGUUGGCAUCAUUUUCCAAUUAUCACAACAUUUCUUUUAAAGAUUUCUCACUUAGAAAACAAUUACAUCAGUCUGCAUGUCAACUGAGAAUUUUGCUUUCUCCAUGCACUGGGUAGGUCUAAGGAGAGACCUUUUGCCUUCAGAACAGAGGGAAAUGGACACACAUGCAUUCUGCGCAACCGAACGGUGAACUGGACUGGUCAAAUAACUAUCAAUCAGUAACUCCAGCUCUGAGUGUCUCACUCACGCUCUUCCUAGGAGCGUUAACACCAGGACAGAAGGGCCAGAAGAGCCUUUCCCCCUGAACUCACCAACUGGGGACUCACGUGUGCCAUGGAGGGGACCACGCUGCCCUGCUGUAGAGCAGAGCAGGGACUGGUUGGUGAAAGCACUCCCUUCUCAUUACAGGAAGCCUAACAGACACGUGGAGAGCUCAGGGUCACCAUCCCCCACCUCACCAAGACUAGCUCUUCACAUCCUUUAAAAUAACAGCAGAGAAGUUUGAGAAGUGUAACGUACCUCUUCUGGGAUAAAACAUCCUUCGCUCAUAGGACAGUCUGCAGUGAAACUCAGUGCUACGCAGCGUCCGAACCUCCGCAACAAAUCCCUCAGCAGCGGCUGAUGAACACACAAAGUUCUCAUGAGUGAGAAAGUGCCAACAGCUACAUGCAGAUUCUGUCCUCCCAUUUAACCACGUUAUGAUCGAGCUGGAGAUUUUACUUAUUUGUUCAUUUAAGAGUUCAUACUCAGCUGAGGCAGCCUUUGUGCUGGCAUGACCAUUUCUGAACAUCAGCUGCACGUGGUCUGCUGUGUGCUUCCUUCCACACAGGCUGGGUUACACCAAUCUCACCUGUCAGCAUCUGUGACAACUUUAUCUGCUAUGAAGAACAGUACACUUCCACUGGGGAUAAGAAAAUCCACGUAAGAACAAAAAAACAACAAAAAACAACUGAAACAAUUUUUAUGUAAGUUAGACUUAUCUGAUCACUUUAAAAGACAAUCAGAAUCUACACGUUAACUGCUUUAUAUGAUUAAAUCUUGUAAGUGGGAUAACAUAAGGCAAAUAUAACAGCUUACAGCUUGAACAACUCCUGCUGUUGUAGACAAUACCGAAGUUACGAUUAGCACAAAGUUCUUAACUUGCUGGCCAACCCAGAAACAUGAAGGAGAGCAUCAUGGUAUUAUUUAUACAGCUUCUGCACAGAGCUCAUUUCUGCAGUUAAUCUUGAUUCACACAGAACCAACAUUACACCAUGGCCAGAAAUGAAGCAUCCAACCCAGACUUUUGAGCAGUUACCACACCAAGUCAGUAAAAAGGACGCACCGAUAAGAGGCACAGCAGGGCAGGGGCACGCAGUGCGGGCAGGUGGCAGCCCCAGAAAUGGCAGAAAGGACUUUUUCAGCCCCUCUUUGUGAAACCCAGGGUGGGAUUUCCUCACUGAACCACCCAGAGCC